AUGGCGCGCCUGGUGUUGUGUGCCCCGGACGUUGCCGCUGCCUUUGAAAGGCAGCGGCUUUCGGCCGUCCUGCUUCGGCCCCUGGGCUCGGUCCUCAGCUCCGGCUUCGGCGUGACCCGGCCGCGGAGGACUGGCGGCUCGGCAGGCGGCUCGGGGAGCCGCCGAACCUAUCAGAUUUCAGAUACAUUCAGACAAGCCUCAUGGAAGCAUUUUGGGACACACCAUUCAAGACAGUUAUUUGAGAUUACAAAGGCUUGCCAGACGUGGCCAUUGGUAGAAAAAAGAACAUGUUGGCACGGUCAUGCAGGAGGAGGACUUCACACAGACCCGAAGGAAGGGCUAAAAGAUGUAGAUACCCAAAAAAUCCUAAAAGUAAUGCUUUCGUAUGUAUGGCCAAAGGACAGACCUGAUCUUCGAGUUCGAGUUGCCAUUUCUCUGGGCUUAUUAGGAAGUGCAAAGGCCAUGAAUAUAGUAGUUCCCUUCAUGUUUAAAUAUGCAGUCGACAACCUCAACCAGAUGUCAGGAGAUAUGUUAAACUUGAGUGAUGCACCAAAUACAGUUGCAACCAUGGCAACAGCAGUUCUGAUUGGCUAUGGUGUGUCAAGAGCUGGAGCUGCCCUUUUUAAUGAAGUUCGAAAUGCAGUAUUUGGUAAAGUGGCCCAAAAUUCCAUAAGAAGAAUAGCCAGGAAUGUCUUUCUCCACCUUCACAACUUGGAUCUGGGUUUCCACCUGAGCAGACAGACAGGAGCUCUGUCAAAGGCUAUUGACAGAGGAACAAGGGGUAUCAGUUUUGUCCUGAGUGCUUUAGUAUUUAAUCUUCUUCCCAUCAUGUUUGAAGUGACCCUUGUCAGUGGGAUUUUGUACUACAAAUGUGGUGCCCAGUUUGCACUUGUCACCUUGGGAACACUGAGUGCAUACACAGCUUACACAAUUGCAGUCACACGGUGGAGAACUAAAUUUAGAAUAGAAAUGAACAAGGCAGAUAAUGAUGCAGGUAAUGCUGCCAUAGACUCACUGCUGAACUAUGAAACUGUGAAGUAUUUUAAUAAUGAAAGAUAUGAAGCACAGAGAUAUGAUGGAUUCUUGAAGUCUUAUGAGGCAGCCUCACUGAAGAGCACUUCUACCCUGGCUAUGCUCAACUUUGGACAAAAUGCUAUUUUCAGUGUUGGCCUAACAACAAUAAUGGUUCUUGCCAGUCAUGGAAUUAUGGCAGGGUCCCUUACUGUUGGAGAUCUUGUAAUGGUGAAUGGGCUGCUUUUUCAGCUUUCACUGCCUCUGAACUUUCUGGGAACUGUAUACCGAGAGACUAGACAAGCACUCAUCGAUAUGAACACUCUGUUUACACUACUCAAGGUAGACACACAAAUUAAAGACAAAGAGAUGGCACUUCCCCUUCAGAUUACACCACAGACAGCUUCGGUGGCUUUUGAUAAUGUACAUUUUGAAUACAUUGCGGGUCAGAAAGUCCUGAAUGGAGUAUCAUUUGAAGUCCCUGCAGGAAAGAAAGUGGCCAUUGUAGGAGGUAGUGGGUCAGGGAAAAGCACGAUAGUGAGAUUACUAUUUCGCUUUUUUGAGCCCCAGAAUGGUAACAUUUAUAUUGCUGGCCAGAAUAUACAAGAUGUCAGCCUGGAGAGCCUAAGGAAAUCUGUAGGAGUGGUGCCUCAGGAUGCUGUUCUCUUCCAUAACACCAUCUAUUACAAUCUCUUGUAUGGAAACAUGAAUGCUUCGGCUGAGGAGGUUUAUGCAGUGGCACAAUUGGCUGGAAUCCACGAUGCUAUUCUUCGGAUGCCUCAUGGAUAUAACACACAAGUUGGGGAACGAGGGCUCAAGCUUUCUGGAGGAGAAAAGCAGCGAGUAGCGAUCGCCAGAGCCAUUUUGAAGAACCCCCCUGUCAUUCUCUAUGAUGAGGCUACGUCAUCAUUAGACUCAAUUACUGAAGAGAAUAUUCUUAGUGCCAUGAGGGACAUGGUGAAACACAGAACAUCUAUUUUCAUUGCACACAGAUUAUCAACAGUGAUUGAUGCAGAUGAAAUCAUUGUCCUGGAUCAGGGUAAAAUAGUUGAGCGGGGAACCCACAGUAGUCUCCUCGCCAGCCCUGGGAGCAUCUAUUCAGAAAUGUGGCAUGCCCAAAGCAGCCGUACGUCAAAUAUUAAUAAUACCAGGUGGGAAGCAAGGAAACAGCAGAUAUCCAAAGAGGAGGAGAGGAAGAAACUCCAAGAAGAAAUUAUCAACAGUGUUAAAGGCUGUGGAAACUGUUCCUGCUAAAUUCCACAAGGCAUUUUAAUUGUUUCUUUAAAAAACAAUCAAGAAAACUUCAAGUGACACAUUUGCACUGAAGCAGAAUUCCUGAUUUAGUUAAAAACAAAAGCAGAAAAUCUGACAUUCCCCUCUUGUAAAAUUCUUCUCUGAGGUAUCAGUUCUUUGGCCAAAAGAUUUUCUUUCCCCGUCUUUCUCAGUCUGUCUUUGUAUUCUCCUUCCUUUCUCUGCAUCCCCUCCCCCCAUUCCCCUCAAAAAGAAAAAAAGCCACCCCACUUUUUUUUUUCUAGUAUCCUUUUAUUCCAACAUUUACCAUUGGAAGAUAAAAUACCACCAGCCACUCCCAGUGUUUUUCACUUGUUUGGGUGGUCACACUGGAACUGGGCUAAACCUGAUUUACUGUCCUCUACAUUCUGACUGGGGUAACUUCCCCCACUAUGAUUGAUUUGUUAAAGUGUUUAUCUCCAUACCCAGCUAAAUCACAUGGGUUUACACAUUACUGUGAAAUAUUUAAAAUUCCUUGAUACUAAUACUUGAUACUAAUUUGGUUGAAGAGUUUCUAUCCUUAAAGAAAAAAAGAGAAAAAAGAAAAAAUGUCUUAUAGUUGCCUGCCUUCUUGAAAUAUUGCAUUGAUCUGCAAACUAAUUAAUAAGCACAUUCAAAGUCACAGAUUUCCAGGCCUGCUUUAUAGGUCAGCUGUGCUAGUCGAUAAAACACCUACCUACCUUAUGUUGUUUCAAGUAUUUUGGCAGAGAAAUUCCCUUGAACCAAUGUUGGCAAGGAAGAUGUUCCACUGAGGCCCUAGGCUGAAAUGUAUGGUUUUGGCAGGUGGGCAGGUGAUUCGUAGAGCUUUCAGCAGAAUUUGAAAACAACUGUUCAGAUUUAAGGAAACUUAAACUUAUUCUUUCUCUCAAUGUUCUUUUCUCUUACCAUCUGAAAUUAUGCAGGGGAAUGAUGGGGUUUUUGAGUCAAGCAGCUUCCAUUUAAAAAUCAUUAAGGACUAUUAGGAACCCAGGGAGGAUUAGUCCUACUCUCUAGGUGAGGAACAAAGGUCAUUAAUCUCAGCUGACACUUUAGGUUCUAGGUAAGGUCUUCCCUUUGGCUCAGCAAUUAGAUGUGUCCACACUUUACUUUCUAGCGGGGAGGCGCCCCAUCAGGUAAUCAAGUUUUACCUCCUAGAAACAAUUAGCAAAACACUUCUAUACCCAUGUUAGUUGAUGACUGGACUGUCUUUUCUACUGUGUACUUCUUUUAUUCUUAUGGAUGGUCAUUACUCGUUUUGAAAAACUUUUUGAUCUCCUAUAGUAUGGAAGAAUUCACACAGAGUUGUAUAUAAUAAGAUUUUUUUUUCUCAGAAAAAAAAUUCAGACUAUUUUAAUUGUUAUUAUUUUGAGGUUUUAAUGUGCACUGUGUUAAGAGGAAAUAUGGGAAUUCAUAUGGAUUUAUUUAUGUGUAUUGAAUCAGUAGUUAGGUACCUGGAUCUUACCUAGCUCAGGUAUUCAAUUUUAUUAUGUCAGAGCAAAUCUAAGGAAAUGAGUAACUGGAAGCCAGUACUUUAAGGAAUAGUCUUUGACACCAGAAAUAUGUGAAGCAAGAACCUGCUCUUAAGGUUGGCAUUGAGAAAAAAGUGCUUAAUCAGCUGUAAAAUGUUAUUCAAACAUUACAUCCUCUGCAGUCAUAGGCAUUACUGAUAUCCUGAGAAAUAAAAUCACUGUUUCUUUUCUUUUCUUUUCUCUUCUUUUCUCUUCCUUUCUUUUCUUUUCUUUUUUAAAACAAAUCUGUCACGUUACUGGAAAUGUGGUAAGGGGUUCCACGUCACUUUUUCUCCUUUGGCCCUCCCUUCUGGGUAUUUUCUUUAGCUCAGAGGAAAGGGAAGCAACACGUACAGUGCCUUGACUUGGAAGUCUGAGGACCCAAAUUCAGAUCUUUCCUCUGAGUCUUGACCACCCGCGUGACCUUUGGCAAAUGACUUUCUCUCCCUGGACCUCAGUUUUCUCAUCUGUAAAAUCAAGAUUUGUGACUAGAUGAUAAUCUCUGAGGUCCCUUCUAUCUCUAAGUCUGAUCCUAUAAAGGUAAAGCUCAGUUAAAUAAUCAAGAAGGUAGGAAUGCAGUAGCCUUUCUUGAAUACAUACAUGUAUGUUUGGAAUAAGAUCUUUCAGUAUACAAAUAGGGCACUUGGUUAAGGAAGGACCAGGAUUAUUUGAAUAUUGCAAGUAGGUGAUGAUUUCUUCCCCAGAGGUUAUCUAAAGCUUGUCUAGAUGUGAUCCUAAAUCAUUACAGUCAGGUUGCUGGGCAUUUUCAUUGGAUAAUUAGGCAGUAUUUUCAGUACGUGGCCUGAAAAACGCGAUUGUCCUGGGGUCAGAACCAUGACUUGGAAGAUGGUCAUUUUUGAAGAUGGUCAUCCUCAAAGUACACCAUGCUUUAAAAAGCAAGGGUCUCCAAAGGGUCCUACAGCUCCCGUAUUUUGGGGACAACUUGCCCAAACUUUGCCCUUCUCACUGCCAGUUUUCACAUGUUUUUCUCCCUGCUUUCCUGAUUGUUCAAUGAAUCACUGAGCAGCAAUUUUUGCAACACUUGUUCCUUAAUUCUGUUUGUUUCACAUCUUUUAUCUCAGGCUUAUAUAUUAUGAAUUCAUAAUUGUAAGUUUUUACAUGUGUGAAAGUUCCAUGAUUUUUUUAAAGGGUCCCUUUCCUUCUCUUUCCUAUUCCAGUAUGGAGAAUUGAAUGUAAAUUGUACAGUAAAUAACAGUAUUAAACCAAAGAAGCUGGCUAAAACUGGUUGGUUUAAAAAAAAAAACCUGGGGAAGCCCUUUAUUACAGUUUUAUUGUUUAUGAUAAUCUGUGUAGAUAAUCAUUACUAAAUAAAUGAAAUAU